UCCGUUCUGGUUUAUGCAGAGUUCCGGGUCUGGUCUCACCAGUCACAAGACGCGAAUUUUAUUCGCACAGAAACAUAAAUAAACCAGCCUUAGCCCACUGAUAAGCGGACCAGUAAUCUUCAAUGAAAUCACUACUAACCGAUAAAAUCCCAUCGACCACCUGCAAGCGCACGCACGACGGAACCGCCCCGGAAGAGUUUCUUCGCACCUGUGCGUCGUCGUAGCUAGUAGCCCACCGCCGCCCCCUUCGGCCCCUGGAUGUUAUCAGUUCGGUGGCGCGCUGAAACGCCUACUAAAAGCCCAUACUAACCAGCCCCAGCACUAAAAACCAUCCAGUGGGCGCGCACAAAAGGCCAGCGCUCAAGGACAUCGAAUAGUGUGUGAGCAGAGGUAGUGCCGCAAGGCUAGAGUGGCUUAUAAAUAAACGAAGGGCCAGUAACGAGAAAUGUAUAUUGACAUUUAAAGCAACCGCCCGCAGUUGCAUUGCAGCAGCGCAGCAGCAGAGGCGGAAGCGGCCAGGUAACCGCCUCGUCAGGUAAACGUGCUUUGCAUAUCAAAAUCAAUUUUCGGGCCAUGCAACUGCGGUUGGAACGGGGCUGACAGGCUUACCCAUCCACGACCACAAACGACAAAAAGACACGCCAGCAAUAGAAACUCUAGUCAUUAGUUCAUAUGGAUGCUACCACAAGUUCAAAGUUCAGCGAUGUGGACGAGUAUGGCUUUAAGCGCGGUGAGCACUUCGACUACAAGAACUACUCAAAGUUCAUGGAAGGUUACCUGAAGACGCUGACACGACGCCGCAUUAAAUGGGAGGUCAUACUGCAACAGAACCAAGAUCUCAGCCAGCCGGAUGCCAAACUGAAGAGAUACAUCCGGAAAGGUAUACCCAGUCCCUACCGUCCCGACGUCUGGAUGAAAAUAUCCGGCGCCGCCGCCGCCCAGCGCCGCUCCCCGGAUCUCUACCGAACCUUGCUUAACGACGAGCCGUAUAACAAGGAAAUCAGCGAUUCCAUAUCAAUCGAUCUACCUCGUACCUUCCCUGACAAUAUCUACUUCGAUACGAAAAAGGAACGCCUAUACAACAUCCUCAUCGCCUACGCCCACCACAAUCGGGAUGUGGGCUACUGCCAAGGCCUCAACUACAUCGCCGGCCUCCUCCUUAUCGUCACGGACGACGAAGAGAAAUCUUUUUGGCUGCUCAAGCACAUUGUGGAGAAUAUUGUGCCGCAGUACCACUCGCACAACAUGGCCAAUCUGCUGAGAGAUCUUGCAGUGUUUCGGGAACUAGUCAUCCGUCGCAUUCCAGCAGUUAAUCGACAUGUGGAAAAUUUGGGCCUUCCCUAUCCGGUGAUUGCCAGCAAGUGGUUCAUCUGUAUCUUUGCCGAGGUGCUUCCUGUGGAGACGGUGCUGCGCAUUUGGGACUGCGUCUUUGCGGAAGGCUAUAAGAUCGUUUUUCGAGCCGCUCUGGCCAUGUUCCUCACCCACAAGAACGCGAUAUUGGCAUGUGAUGACAUUGCUGCUCUGGCCAAUUUAUUUCGGGACACUAUGAUCCAGGACAGCGUGGUGACAGACUGUCACGGUUUUGUGGAGUCAAUGUUUGCGUUGCGUCUAAAACGCAGCGAGCUGGAGAGUCUACGGCAGGUGGCCGUCCUCAAUCCAAACUAAAAUCCGCAAAAAUAGCGGCGAACAGAAGAUCAAACUUAAACCUUAAAACAAAAAACAAAAACAAUUUGGAGAAGCAAUCGAAAAAUUCAAUUAUUAGGAGCGUAGUUCAACUGUGUCAUUACGUAUAUAUGUUCAUAAUUAUGUGUCUGAAUUAUGUAAUCGUUUCUAUAUAGUACGUAUCUGUAUGUGCGCGCAUUUGUAUUACCUCUGCAGCCCAAUUGUAGACAAGGCCAAAUAAUUCGAGUAUUAGCCAACGAAAUCAAACGAGUUACCAAAGCAAAAUUUAAAAA